AUGCAGAGGCUAGUUCUCCACUCAGCCAGCUACCGAGACCCUCCAACCAGGACAGGCGACCAAUCAACCUCCCAGGACUUGAUCUGCGACAAGCCACGUUGCAGGCUACACGCUGGAAAACGCUUGCCAGAGAACCUAGCAGCCCCCAGAAGCAAGAUGGCGGCCUCCCCCUCCCCUUCUUUCUCCAGGAGCCUCUCCAUGUCCUGGGGAGACGAAAACACCGAGACACGGGAACCCCGGCCCGGCCGCUAUAUCACUGCGCCUCCCCCACGCCCGGAGAGCCUUUGUUCGCGGCCGCCAGAGUAUUCGGCCCCGAGGACAGGAAGUGCCGGCUGGCGCCCCGCCCCGUUCCCUCGCGCCCCGGAAGUGAUCUGCGGCGGCUGCUGCAGAGCGGCCCGGAGGAGGGUGGGUCUCCCUAGAGCGGAGCGCCGGAGUCCUCCCCCUCCGCCGCCGCCCAGGCCGCCGCCGCCCUCACGAUUCCUCCUGCCGCGCCCCGCGCGGGACUCCGAGCGCGGUCCGAUCGGCGCAGCCGAGGUUCAAGAGCCCGCGGGGCGAGCGGCUCGCGGUGCAGGUGAGCGCUUGCCGGCUGGGGAGGCCGGGCCGCGGCGGGGGUGUGUCCGACCGGCCAGGCCUGUGGCCGCCGAGAUUGCACGUCCCGCCUGCCGCCUGUACUGGGACCCGACUGCGCCCCGACAGCGGGCGGCGUCUCCGGAAGGUCACCUGCAUCGCUCCGGUGGCGCCCAGGGCUGUACCCGGGCGGUGCCCACAACCUGGGGCCGCCGCCGCAGUCCCUGCGCCGCACUCCACCUCCCUCGCUUUCAAUCCACUCCUUGCCGAGUAUAUCCAGAGUUAGAAGGAAGAGAUUUCCUGGCAAAAGAGAGCAAGUGUAUGCUUGGAGUUGAUAACUGUACCCAAUCUUAAUAAAAAAGAGGAAGUUAUGAAUUGAUGCUGUUUAGAAAUAAGGUGAAAAGUGGGAUUCCUCAGACUGGCUCAUUUUUUUGUCAUGGAUACAUGAAAUCUUCUGAUACCUGAUGUGACCGUGGCAUCUUUGAUCAGCAGGCACUUUCAUGUUUGGAGACCCACAUGCUUCUCUCUCCACUGAGUGUGCAAGUGCAGCGUUUAUUUUGAAGUGGUAUUUCAUUACAACUCUUUUUCUCAGGGCAUUCAGGGUGGGGGAAACUAAUCAUAGGAAAGAAUUUUAGGAAAGAAUGCUUACCAUUUUUAAGGGAAUGUUUUGAUUAUACAUGGUUGCAUUAUUCUCAGUUUAGGGAUGUCCAAACACGAACAAGCUGCACAUAUUUUUGUCUUCUAGUAUAUGGUGCUUGUGCACUGACUUUCUAAGCAGUGUUUUUUUUUACAGAGCACAAAUAAAUGUACCAGUAUCACUUCUUGUAUAUGGGUCUGCCAAACUAAUAGGUUCUUGUAUAUUUAUUCUUUUAUAAAUGAGUGAAAGAGCAAUCAAAUACUGGAAGUUGAGAAUGUUAACCAGGGAAGAGACCAUGAUCUUGAAGAGGAAGGAGACAGUUUCCAUUGUUUUAUAAAAUACUAUAAUUCUUAGAUUAAAGAAAGCAAAGCCUUUGGUCUUGUAACAGUACUAUAUAGAAGUUAUAUUGAUUGUCCGUCAAGCACUGUGCUGAGGACAAUCUCCACACUAGCUCUGCAGGAUGGGUGGUCUUCCCCAACACUAAGUGAAGGUAUUUGGCCAGAGGCCCAGCUCACAAGCUAGCAUGUAGUAGAGCUAGGAUUUAAAAGUACAGUAACAAUCUCCAAGAGCACUGAAAAUUGCAGCUAAUCCUAAAAGUCAAGGGGAAAGUGAUUCUCACUGACCUGAGCUUCCAGAAAAGAUACUAUGCUUAUCACUCUUAGUCCUGAAGUAUGGCCUGGAGGCACCAGUGACUAGCCAAGGGGCUUCAAGUGAGCUGCAGACAUCUUUGUUUCCAGGGUGCUUGCAAAUACAAGGUAGCUGUGCUCCUACAUACAGUCUGUUGUGUGCCAAGAUGAAAACUGGUCAAAUAUUGGUCUUGUAGGUGUCUUUAAUGGCUUUUUACUACUGCAGCACCGGUUUGAGCCAGCCCUGUUUAAAAUCAUAUUUGUUUCCUUCUUUCUUUCACUGAUGUAGGUGUGACCAAUGUAGGAC